AUAUCAAAUGGCGCGUAUAUACCUAGGUAGGAAUGCAUACCCAGCAAUAGGAAUGCCAAUGCUUCGAUGCACGAGGACACAUUGUUUAGAUCCUCUUUGCAAAAUGUACUUUCGAUUAUGCGGCUGUCAGCUUAUGGUUGCAUUGUGGAUAGGCAACCUAAACAUCACCCCGCAUAUCCGUAGCUGGGCUAGGAUUGCAUCAAUGAGUAAGCGCAGCUUUAGCUACUUGUGUUUCCAGGGUUGCUAGAACCCUGCCGUUUCUAGACCUGGUCAUAAUAUCAUGCUUCUGAUGGGCGCGUGGUUUGGACCCUAGAACUUCCCUCCAAGUAUCAAUAGAGGCUCAACCAAAGGGGAUUAUGGCUCAUGCUACUCCGCGAAACUUAGGGCAAAAGCUACGCACAGCCUGUGAUAGAUGCCAGGCAUCCAAAGUCAAGUGCAGUAGAGAGAAACCAUCAUGUUGGCGAUGUAGUCAAGGCGGUCUAGCUUGUAUUUACAGCCCACUUAGGAGAACUGGUAGACCACCGAGACGUACAUCCACAUCAACCCAUACCGGAGAGUCGGUCAAGGGUACAUCCAGUAUCGUCAGCAAUGCGAAAGACGUGAUUCAUCAACAGAACAAGAAUGCCGAAACCCCCACAAACCAAGAACGCAUGCAGCGGCAAGAUCAGGACAAUGGACUAUACACGUCUUGGUCCAAGCCCUCGUUGGGCGGUCUGGAGUCGCCUACGGCGCCAAUGGACACUAUGGAUACGGACAUAACACAGGAUGGAAGCAAGCAAUGGGAAACUGGGCCGACACAAUCACAGACAAACCCCGUGGACUCAUUGAUACAAGACCUGAUGUUAAAUCUCGACACGUGCGGGUUCACAAUGGGAGACAUCUCACCUGAAUUCGAUUUGAAUCUUGGUGGUUCAACACUGAUACCUAAUACUCCUGAAUUAGAUACAAACGAUGCCAGCACUAUUCACGUCGCACAACCAACCAGUAGCAUUACCCGCACGGGCAGUGCUAAUGAUCGCAAACGAUUCGAAGGAAAUAAUUGGGAUAUACCUAACCACUCGUCAGCUACCUCUACUGUCUUUUCUAGAGCACCAUCUGUAGUUGGCGAGUCGGGGCAUAACUCAAGAUUGUCGUUAGCCAAUGCGAAUACUAGCGAGCCAACCAAUCGAGUGCCGUCGGAUACUGUAUUCAAAUUUUCUUCCUUUUUCCCACCUCAUCAUGCGAGUACAACAGUAGCACCGUCAGCAUCUGGAACUCCGUCGACCAAUGUGGGGCCCGGCAAGAGUACCCAGCCCUGUCGAUACGGUGGAACAUGUUAUAAAGCUUUAUCGAACAUGUUAGCAAGGCUCGUUGAGUGCGAUUCAGACACCGACGGUCAAGAUGGUAUUUCGCUAGACACACUGUUGUGUCUAGAUAGGGAAUUACAAGAAACGGCGCGGAGGACGCUCGAGUGCCGAUAUUGCAUGGAGAGACCGAGUAACCAGAACAUGCUCAUGAUAGUCUAUAUGUCCCUGGAUAACUUGCUUCAACAGUUCGAGAAACAGCAAAGGCAACAGCGUGCACAGUUGGGACAAGAUGACUCCAUCUCGGGGAAGAAAACCCUCGUGCUAGAGCAACAUAGGCAAUGGUUGCAGAUCCUUCCGAUGGCAGAAGCAAGGCAUACUGGUGUCGCUGGGCCGACUCCUAACUCCCGGCAGGAGCAGCAAGAUGGCCCCAAGACAGUGCACCACUCGCCUCAAUUCCCGUGGACCGAUAAGUCCUUGAUGGUGGGUAACUUUGCCACCGACAAUGCAGUGAAGGCGGAGUUCCUGCGCUAUCUGGUCUUGAGUUAUGUAGAGAACGUUUUGAAAAUGUUAUCUGAGCUUGAAAAGGAGGCUGGCGCCAUUAUGAAGGGGGUUAACUGUACCAUAGUCAAGGAUAAAGCGAUAGAUAUCCAUAGGCGGGCGUUUUUCCUUCGUGGGAGGCUUCGGCUGGAUGCAAUUGGUAUCUAGGUAUUUAAGUAUGAUGUCAAGCUGGGAUUCACUUGGGUAGGGAAGAAAGGGAGAAGACUAUAUGUCUCGGUAGACUAGAGGGUCGGUAAAUGCGGUGAACUGAGACGAAUACUAUAAAUAUAGCGACCGGUAUAAACUGCUGUACCUGAACUUGAGGGGAAAUGACCGAUGCAUGCCCG